AUGUCUACCGACGACAAAAAUAAAUUAAACGCUGUUCAUCUUAAUGAUCCUCUUAUCACCCCUCCUCUCAUUCCUUAUAAGUUCAAUCAUUCUUUAGAUGUUAAUCAUAAAAACAAUUUUUUAAAUGUCAUUCCGUCUGCUCAUGUGGAUUCUACCAUUACUCCUCCUUUAACUCCUCCCAAUACUGCUAUGAAUACUCCCGCAAAAUCCCCAAAUAAUUACUAUUUUGAAGAUAUCAAUUAUGUUUCGGCCUCUUCUGAUGAUCAUUCACCUUCUUCUUUAAAUAUUUCCACUGUCAAUGAUUUUAUAAAUUCAAAUUUGACUACUCCUAUAAGUGAUUCCUCUUCUUUACCAAAUGAUGAUACUAGAAGUAAUAACAAAGGAGAGAUUUGCAUAUUUACUCAAGUAUCUACUACUACAAUAGCUACUGUUCAACAACCUCCUACUUCCUUUUUAAAAUCUACAAGAAGACCAAUUCGCUUUAGGUCUUCACCUAAUGUUAAAAUUACAAAGUCUUCUGAUCAAAAUAAUCUUGAUAACAUUAUUGCUUCUAAUUUAGAAAUUGAUUCUUAUCCUGAAUCUUCUUCUAUCUCUGGUAUUAAUUCGGAUUUUGAAAAGGAUAGUUCUCAAGAAAUAAAACUUGAUAAUUCUAAUCAUUCAGAUUCAACAAUGUUUUAUGGAACUUCGCUCAAUGAUUAUGCAAUAGAAAAUCCUAAACGUAAUAAAGAAUAUCACUUAUUCUUUAAAAGUAUUCCAAAUGACGAAUAUCUUUUAAAUGAUUUUGGGUGUGCAUUACAAAAGGAAAUUCUACUACAAGGAAGAAUUUAUGUCUCAGUAAAUCAUAUUUGCUUCCAUGCAAAUAUCUUGGGUUGGGUUACUGAUGUUGUGAUGCCGUUUUCGGAAAUAAUAAGAAUUGAAAAAAAGACAACAGCUAUUGUAAUCCCAAAUGCAAUUCAAAUAACCACUGUCAAAUCAAAGUAUUUGUUCGCCUCAUUCAUCUUUCGAGAUGGUGCAUAUGAUCUAUUUGUAAGACUAUGGAAACGUGAAAAUCCCACUUAUAGUCACAGGCCCUGCUCAUCAGAUGGUAGCUCUGAUUCUAUUCCAACUGCUCGCGCUAUAAAUGAUACUAGUUGUAAUAGUAAUUCGGGUACUGAGUCUGAACCUAAUAAAGAUUCUGAUAGUGAAAAACGUAUGUCUUUAACAAAACCAUCUCAACCUCGUAAUGGAAAAUUUUCGUUACCACGAAUACCUUUGAUUUCAAAGCAGUCUUCUCGUUAUUUUGAAAAAAAUAAUAAAAUUACUAUAAAUAAGAAUAACUCAUCACCAAAUAUUUUAUUGGGAAAUGAUUCGGCUAACCUUAGUGAUAAUGGAAAUAUUUCCGAAUCAAAUUCAAAAAGAAAAUUAUUAACUCCUUUAAAAAUUACUAUACCAAAAACGAUAACGAUAAAUAGACAACAAAUUCAUCCUCCUAUUGAAAUAAGGCAACAUAAAGAAACAAUAUGUAAAUGCCUUCAACAAGAUGAACAUUCUAAAUCUGUAAUGUUGGAUACAAAAUAUACUGGUAGUGUUAAAAAUAUUUUUACUAUCUUAUUUGAUAGUAAUUUUAUGCCUGAAUUUGUAAGAAAACUUGAGAAUAAUAAUGAUGUAGAAUUUGGUGAUUGGGCAACUGAUGAAAAUGAUUGUAUGACUAGAAAUACUAGUUAUAUUAAGAAAUUAAAUAAUUCUAUCGGGUUAAAGAGUACAAAAUGUUACCUAUCUGAUGAAGUUUUGUAUAAAGAUUUCAAUGAUUCAGUUCAUUCUUCUCGUCGACCUUCUCAAAUAAGUUUACAAUCUAAAAAAUUUCAAAAUGAAGAUGAAAAUAUGACUUUAUUACAAUUAAUAUUAUCAACUUUAAUAUCAAUAUUAUCUCAAAUAGUUGAAAUUAUACUAUUUGUUAUUAAAAAAUUGAAAGUACCUAGUUUGGAAACAAUGAUGAUUUGGACUUUAUUACUUAGUCUCAGUGUAAAUAUAUGGAUUUGGAUAAGUAUGAAAGAUAUUAAUUAUAAAAUUGAAAAUUUUGUUCAAAAACAAAAACUUGAUCACGAAUUUCAUAGAAAGGUUGAAUUAAAUGAAAAUGAUAAUGAUUUAUUUAUAAGGAGGUAUUUAUUUAAUAAUCAAAAUGGUGAUGAUAUUUUUGAUGUGGAUAAUUUUGAUAAAAUUUUAGAUUCUAUUUCUAAAUUUAAUUGA